AUGGUUCAUGAUCUUUCAAAAAUCACUGAAUUUAAUGUUAUUGAUUAUUAUAAUAAUAUACUUUCAAUUGAUGAGAAUUUAGCAGUUCCUAUUGCCGCAGUCCAAAGUUUAACAGAAUGUAUGGCACGAUCUAGUGCUUGUACUAUGCAAGAAUUGAUUGGUAUACUUUAUAAAGCUAUUGAUCAAUUAAAAGAAGGAACAUCCAAUUUGAUAUCAUUAACAGCAGGAUGUGAAUUAUUUCUAAGAUUUCUUACAACUCAAUUCUCACCAAACGGUUCGAUUUCAUUCGAAGAUCAUAAAAACUUAUUAGUUCAACACACCUUAAAGUUCGUGAAUGAAUCUAGAUCGACAUGUGUUGAGAAAGUAGCAAAUUCAGCAUCAGGUUUUAUUGAAGAUGGUUCAACGAUUAUGAUUCAUGGGUAUUCUAGGGUGGUCUUACAUGCUAUCUUAAGAGCUUUUUCUCCUGAUCAAAACCCUAGAAAAAGGUUUCAAGUUUAUGUGACGGAAUCUAGACCUUCAGAAUUAGGUUUAAGAACUCAUGCGAUUCUUACACAACAUGGCAUUUCUUGUGUUGUUGUACUUGAUUCUGCUGUGGCUUACGCGAUGGGUAAAGUGGAUUUGGUCAUGGUAGGAGCUGAAGCCGUAUUAGAAGAUGGAGGAUUGAUAAAUUAUAUUGGAAGUUAUCAAAUGGCCAUCGCAGCGAAAGCACAUAAUAAGCCUUUUUAUGCUCUCACUGAGAGUUAUAAAUUUCUUCGAUUAUUUCCUUUAUCACAAUACGAUGUACCAAGCUCACAUCCAAGCUUAGAGUUUCCACAAAUCACUCAACCAGAUCGUUCAAACUCAAAAAGUCAAACUGAUGAAAUCUCAAUGCCAAGUUCUUCAAUCACUAAAGUUUCUUCUAGUAUAAUUCCUAAGCUAACGUUAGAAGAAAUAGCUAAGAAUAAUCCUACAUUAGAUUAUACUACACCUGAUUUGAUUACACUUGUGAUUAGUGAUUCAGGUAUAUUGACUCCACCUGGUGUGGCUGAAUAUUUACUUUCAGUUUUUGGUGGUGAAUAA